AUGCCGAAAUAUCCUAGCAGGUCUGCCUCGUUCAUCAUCACUUUUUUGGCUGCAACUUCGAACUUUGCUGUUGCCUUCCAAGUCUUGGCUGCAUGGCGUUCGCUCAAGUGGGAACAAGCUUCUGAGUGGGAGACAUCAAGUGACAAGUGGAAGUUCGACGGUCUUCAGGCUGUCUGGGGCCUUCUUUUAGCCUACUUCUCUGCGGCAUCCGUUGUUUCUGCUGUGGGUUUUGCUGGCGUAGUUAAGAGUAAACCCUCUUUGGUCAAGUUCUAUCGGGACUAUUCUAUCGCAGAUUUUUCCUUCUGCGCGUUCAUCACCCUCAUUAUCGGAUACAGUAUCUUUCAACCAACUCUUCCUUUAGGUGUCUGUGAAGGUCUUUCACAGCACCCUGAUCUCAUGCGGGAUAUGGCGGAAUUGGGGUUGAGCUCCGAGAAUUGUGAAAGAUGGUUUAAGAGGAGUAGUCUCGUCUUUUUGGCCGUCAUGCUUGUGAUCCUUGUCGCCAGGUUGCACUUUCUCCUGGCAGUUGGCAUCUAUCACUCCCACCUUUCUCGCCAUCAUUCUCAACGCACACCUGUAGCGAAUAGCACACAGCUGACCCACACUCGGUCUCCGUCCCGAAGUAGAUCGAUGCAGCGAGUACUCCUUUUACCCCAGAGUGUCCCCGGGAUCACCUCAUUCCCACUGUCAUCACAGUCGUCAAGCAACAUCGAACCUUCUCCGAAUGACAUUGAAGAGGUCGUGAUGUAUGCUCCUCUGCCCUUGCGUUCUCUGCCAGAAGAUAUGGCAAGAAAUCUCAGACAGAAUGCUAUAGAGACGUGGAUAACAUCGUCGAAGACUGAUGAAAAAGCUAGCCGGUCAAGUCACUCUCACAGACACCGUCAUCAUCAUUCUCGCGCUCACCACGAGUCUGUAUUGAAUGGCUCAGGCCAGAUCAGUUUACCUAUACAUCCCGAUGAGGGUUUGCUACCGUCCUACAGUUCGGGCUCGGUUUCAUCGUCAGCUAAGGUUUGA